AUGACCCCCUCCAUCGCCCCCGACCACACCACCCCCGGCGUGCCCGCCUCCAUCCAGAACCCGUCCGUCGCACGCACCUCGGACUUGUUCUCGCUCGGCCACCGCACCGUCGCCAUCACCGGCGGUGGCCGCGGUCUCGGCAUCGUGCUAGCGGCCGCCGUCCUCGAAGCCGGCGGCGACGUCGCCUGCCUGGACCUGCUUCCCGAGCCGAGCGCCGAGGAAUGGGCGACGGUGCAGAAGCUCGCCUCGUCGCGCGGACUCCAGGCUACCUACACGACCUGCGACAUCACGAACGAGGAGGCCACGCAGACCGCGCUGGAGGGUAUUGCGGCGGAGGGGCUGAGACGCGGCAUGCCGCUGCGGGGCGCGAUCACUUGCGCCGGUAUUCAGCAGAUGGUGCCGGCGCUGGAGUACCCGGUGGAUGGAUGGAGGAGGAUGAUGGAUGUGAAUGUGAUUGGGACGUUCAUUCCCGCGAAACACUGCGCGCGUAUCUUCAAGGAGCAAGAUACGCCAGGCAGCAUCGUCAUGAUUGCUUCGAUGUCGGGAUCCAUUGCGAACCGCGGCCUCACCUGCUCCGCAUACAACUCCUCCAAGGCCGCCGUGCACCAGAUGUGUCGCUCCGUGGCGCAGGAAUGGGGCCAGUAUGGUGUUCGCGUGAACACCCUGUCUGCUGGGUACAUCCGGACCGCGAUGACGGACGCCCUCUUGAAGGAGAAGCCCGAGGUCGAAGAGACCUGGAUGCGCGGCGCGUUGCUCGGUCGUCUCGGGGUGCCUGAGGACUUUAAGGCGCCCACGGUGUACAUGCUGGCUGAUGGGAGUGGGUUCAUGACGGGGACGGACCUACGUGUUGAUGGGGGGCACUGCGCUUCUGCUUGA